AUGCCUUUCUAUCUCCCUCUCUAUCUAUCUAUCUAUCUAUCUAUCUAUCUAUCUAUCUAUCUUAAGUUUUUUAUGUCUAUCAUAAUCUCUUUGUAUAUAUCUAUCUUAAUAUAUCUAUCUAUCUAUCUCACCUUAUUACAUAUCUAUCUAUCUAUCUAUCUAUCUAUCUAUCCUGUCCUUUCUCUCUCUCUCUCUAAGUAUAUUCUGCUCUCUCUCUCUCUCUCUCUUUCUCUAUCUAUCUCAGGCUUUGAGAUAUCUAUCUAUCUAUCAAUCUAUCUAUCUAUCUCAGGCUGUUCAUAUCUAUCUAUUUAUUCUUUUCAUAUCUAUCUCAGUCUGUUCCUAUCUGUCUAUUUAUCGAUCUAUCUCAGCCUGAUUUUAUCUACCUCAGUUUGUUCUAUCUGUCUAUCUAUGCCUGUUUAUUAUCUAUCUAUCUAUCUAUCUAUCUAUCUAUCUAUCUAUCUAUGCCUGUUUAUUAUCUAUCUAUCUAUCUAUCUAUCUAUCUACUUUGGUCUGUUCAUUCUCUCUCUCUCUCUCUAUCUAUCUAUCUAUCUAUGCCUGUUUAUUAUCUAUCUAUCUAUCUAUCUAUCUAUCUAUCUACUUUGGUCUGUUCAUUCUCUCUCUCUCUCUCUCUUAUCUAUCUAUCUAUCUAUCUAUCUAUGCCUGUUUAUUAUCUAUCUAUCUAUCUAUCUAUCUAUCUAUCUAUCUAUCUACUUUGGUCUGUUCAUUCUCUCUCUCUCUCUCUCUCUUUAUCUAUCUAUCUAUCUAUCAGUCUGUCAUAUUCUGUUCCUUUUUAUUAUCUAUCUAUCUGUCUAUCUAUCUAUUUUGAUCUGUUUAUUGUCUAUCUAUCUCUCUAUCUUCCUCUAUUCAUCUAUCUAUCUAUCUAUCUAUCUAUCUAUCUCAGUCUGUUCGUAUCUAUCUAUCUAUCUAUCUAUCACAGUCUGUUUGUAUCUAUCUAUCUAUCUAUCUCAGUCUGUUCGUAUCUAUCUAUCUAUCUAUCUAUCUAAGGCUGUUGGUUAUCUAUUUAUCUAUCUAUCUAAGGCUGUUGAUAUCUAUCUAUCUAUCUAUCUAUCAGGUUGUUCAUAUCUAUUUCAGAUUGUUCUUAUCUAUCUAUGUUUAUUUUCUAUCUAUCUAUCUAUCUAUCUAUCUAUCUAUCUAUCUAAGUCUGUUGAUAUCUAUCUAUCUAUCUAUCUAUCUAUCUAUCAGGUCGUUCAUAUCUAUUUCAGACUGUUCUUAUCUAUCUAUCUAUGUUUAUUUUCUAUCUAUCUAUCUAUCUAUCUAUAUUCAUUCAUAUCUAUUCAUCUAUCUAAGGCUGUUGAUAUCAUUCUAUCUAUCUAUUCAUCUAUCUAUCUGUCAUUCUAUCAGGUUGUUCAUAUCUAUUUCAGACUGUUCUUAUUUUCUAUCUAUCUAUCUGUCAUCUAUCUAUCUAUCUAUCAUAUCAUCUAUCUAAGGCUGUUGAUAUCAUCUAUUAUGUUUAUUUUCUAUCUAUCUAUCUAA